AAACUAGACAGUCAUAGCUACAUGUACGAUGGAGAAGCUAAGCCUCUUGGGACGUGUUGCAAUCGUAACUGGCAGUAGCUCGGGGAUGGGCGAGGCCACGGCCGUGCUGCUGGCCAAACGAGGGGCUAAAGUGACGCUCCAUGGCCGAGACGCCAAGAAACUGGAAGCCGUCAAACAAAAGAUUUGUGAGGCGGGAUCAAAACCAGACCAGGCAAUAAUUGUGAAAGGGGACAUCACCGAUGCCAAAGUCAGGUCCCUGCUGAUCAGUGAGACAAUCAAGAGUUUCGGCAGGCUCGACAUCCUGGUGAACAACGCCGGCUUCGGUAACCAUGGUUACAUCCGUGACCUCAAGGAACAGGACCUUGACGAGUGUCUCAACGGUCUGUUCAAGGCUCCGGUUCUCUUAAGUCAGGCAGCGCUGCCGCACUUGCUGAAGUCCAAAGGCAAUAUUGUGAACGUGUCAUCCGGUCUCACCAGCGAGCCGUAUCCUGGACUUUUUGCCUACGGAGCCGCUAAGGCCGCACUGGACUACUUCACCAACUGUGCCGCUGUAGAGUUUGGGAAGGCUGGUGUUCGAGUGAAUACGAUCAAUCCCGGUGUUAUCAUCACACCUAUCUACACAACAUUUACAGACUCGCCUGAGAGUAAAAACGCAGUUGGUGAUCUGUUAGCUCACCACCAGCGUAAAACGAUCCUAGGACGAAACGGCCAACCGGAGGAAAUCGCCGAGACCAUCGCCUUCAUGGUAUCGGAUGCCGCGAGCUUCAUGACCGCUGGUCAAGUGAUUGUGGACGCGGGUAGACACGUCAACUUCCAGAGCGGCGAGCCUGCCAAGUUCCCCACAUACGAGGAUUUGGUCGCCGAAUGAUCUGUGUGUUUAUAACCAUUGUAUGGUAAAUUAAAGCAUUAAACAAGAUA